AUGCCUCUCCUCCGCAAACCCCAAUCGCGGGCCUCCAUCUCUCCCGCCUUCCACAAAAGUGCCAAAGUCGGCCUCCCCCUCUCCCACCGCGCUGCGCAACACCACUCCCAAGUCGUCGAACGCUUCUUCUUCUCCGACAUCACCACCGCCACCUCCGACUCGCUCACCACCAUCACCGGCCAGGUCCACCUGCACCUCCGCACCUUCCUCGUCGCCGACAUCAUUCAGAUCACGUUAUCCGAGGACGACACCCUUCUCGCCAAGACGACGGUGUGGACGCCGCCCGAGUGGCCAAAACGGCACCUGAUUGACCCGGAUAGGUGUCGUUGCAUGUCGUUUGAGUUGACGCUGCAUGGGGUUACGAGAGAGAUGUUGGCGAUGCGGGGUGGGCCGGUGAUUACGACGCUGAGGGCGGUUAUUGAGCGGUCCGAGCACACGUCGGGGAAGGUGGUGGUGGAGCAGGAGCUGCUGUUGCAGGAGGAGGAGCCGUUGCCGCCAUAUAGUUUACUGGCUUGCGAUACACUGGAGACAUGCGAGACAUGCACAUGUGCAGAUUCAGAUUCGAGGUACGCCUUAUGA